CAUCUGUGUUUACAGAUCACAAGGCCUGGAAUUGUUCAGGUGUUGAACAGACGUCUGAAAAAAUUUCAGGGCCUCGUAAAUGUGAUAAGAACUAAAAGCCGAAAUGAAACAAGUUUUAUAAAUAACUUUCAAAUUGCGUGCAAUAAUAGUCAGUUUUAGAGACGAAAUGCUUGGAAUAUUCAUGUAUAUUUGAUAACAUAUAUUUUAGUGUGCUUUUUUUUAAGUUUUAAAGAUGAGAAUAACUGAAUUGUUCCUUUUACAAAUACCUAUAUUGAUUGUGAUGUGUAGUACAUUCAGGAAUGAUGGGGAUGAUCAUAUAGAAUACGUGCACGUGUAUAAGAUAUCCGGUGAGAUGAGGAACAAGCGUUCAGCAGAAGUUGUUUUUCCUCGAACGCUCGUUUUUCAGUUUGAAAUGGAGGCUGGGAAAAUUGAACUUAAUCUUAAACAGAGUGUUCAUCCUCAAAAAGUUACUUCCGUGUAUACAAUUGAAAAAGAAAGUGUUAUCAAACAUAAAAACAUAUCAAAGGUGAAUUUUGGUGUUUAUCAGGAUGAGACCCUAGGAGCUUCUGUGAUCAUCAAAUGUCCUUAUUCAAGUUCAGAUCAUGUCGAUAUAUUUGGCUCUUUUGUUCAUGACAAUCAGCAUUAUCAGAUUGAGCCUGUAAGGUCAAUGUACCGUAAACGUCGUGUCGACGAAGGAAGUGCCUCACAAGAAUUGCAUUUUGGGAUAGCCGGCAAUCGAUCAGACGACAAACUAAUCCCUAUGGAGUUCAGGGACGAAUUACUUCCGCACAUGUUAAAACCUCAGGACCGCAUAUUUGGGACAACCACCGAGAAGUUCGAGAGUGACGUGUUACUACCUACUGUCAACAAUAAUGGCCGCCGCCGACGACAAACCGACGAAACUUUGUACAUAGAAUACCUAGUCGUCAUUGAUUAUAAAAAUCUAGAAAGAUGGAAGGCGAAGGUCGGCGGAAGUACAGACGAGGAAAGUGUUGAUCUCGCUUUCGAUGCCAUGCAUGAAUAUUACCAGUUUGUUGUAAACGGAAUUGAUGUGCGAUUUCGAACUGCUACCGGUGACGAAGGGCCUGAAAUUCGCGUUAAUUUCGCAUCUCUUUUAAUAUCUACAGAGAAGGCUACAUCACCGUGGAUUGCAAAUAACAUGCUAGGUCCAGAUUCUGUGGAUGAUGCCGGUGUAUUGUUAGAUUUUGCCACGUGGAAAAACUCCGUGUUAAAGUACCUGCCCUCACACGAUCACGCUGGACUUUUUACAGGGUUUGAUAUAGCCACGCCAUCAUCCAGAAACCCGAUAGGUAUGGGAUACCUAAAUUCAAUUUGUCAUGACUCGUGGGCUGUAUCUGAAGUAGAAGAAACGUAUAAUGCUGUAACAAUUCAUAUUGCCGCACACGAACUCGGCCAUAA